GACUUGUCAGUGAUGUCGAAUAUCCAUGCAGGUGCGGCUGUCAGGACUAGCGUGCAUCUGGUAAGCGCCAAACCGUCGUGGUGGAAAAUGCAGAUGACCACGAGCGAGAAGGCGCCAGCGAACCAUACGAAGACGUGUAGACGCGUCCGAGACAUUCCUCACGCGCCGUAAAGGACGCUGGACCCGUGAGAGUCGUCCGUAGCUCAUAAGAGGCCCCGACCCACGUCCCUGAAGCCCCAACUACAUCGCCCAUGUCUAAACUCACCUUGGGCUUGAUUGCUGCUGGUGGCGCAGCCGCAGGAGCAGCAGCGACUGCCGCGCUCUACUCGACCAAGAAGGACAGCCUUCCGCCCACACCGUCCAUCACCACCACUACCACGACUGUCACUGGGCCUGGCCGGCCAGCACCUGUGCCCUCGGUCCCUGCCAUCCCCUCGCCCGCUGCUGCUGCUGCCGCCCGGAGAGCGAUAGUAGACCCAAACGGUCUCUUCCAAUAUGGCUUCCCCGGCCCCGUCAACGAUCUCCGUCCUGCUGCCUCUCUCACAUCGUCGUACGACCGAAGAACACGGAACCCAGCAUGGGUCGCCGAGCACAUCACGCCCGAGUCGCUAGCCAACAGCAAUGCCGACCGCAAGCACAGCGUCUUCGUCGAAGACAUUACAAUCCCAGAAAUGUUCCGCGCAAAGCUCAAGGACUACUUCCGCUCCGGCUAUGACAGAGGGCACCAAGUCCCUGCUGCCGAUGCCAAGUGGAGUCAAGAAGCCAUGGAUGACACGUUUGCGCUGAGCAACAUGUGCCCACAAGUCGGCGACGGCUUCAACCGCGACUACUGGGCGCAUUUCGAAGACUUUUGCCGCAGGCUCACACACUCGUACCCCUCGGUCCGCAUCGUGACCGGUCCUCUAUACCUGCCCAAGCGCGAAGCCGACGGCAAAUGGCGUGUGUCAUACGAAGUCAUUGGCAACCCGCCCAAUGUCGCUGUACCCACACAUUUCUACAAAGUCAUCUUCGCCGAAGACGGAAAGCUGGGCGGCAAAGUUGCGCUAGGCGCUUUUGUGCUGCCCAAUGCCAGGAUUGAGAACCACAAGCCAUUGACCGACUUUGAGGUGCCUGUUGAGGCGGUGGAGAGGGCGAGCGGACUCGAGUUUGCGACUAAGCUCACACCAGAGAGGAGGAAGAGGCUGUGCCAGGAGGUCAACUGCAGCGUCAUUGUGAAGGAGUAUGCGCAGCGGCAGAAGACAUUCGCUAAGAAAUAAGCGUUGCAACCAAGGACUUUACCAUAUGGCAAUAUACCAAUUUCAUCUUGAUAAAAUCUUUUCUUGCUGGUGGUACAGUGUAUAGUACAUGCUCAUCAUAUUCGUACAUGACUCUUUAUAUCAUGGAUAUCUUG